GUGACCUUUAACCCAAUAUGGUGGCGCCCAUGUUCGGCUCGUGAAAGCGGUGAGAGCGGGCGGAUUUGGGGCCAGACUCCCGCUCUUCCUUCCUCUUCUGCACUCGGUCACACCCCACAGCCCGCGCCAUGUCGAAGCUCAGCCGGGCCACGCGCUCCGUUCGGAAGCUCGAGGGCAGCGGCGUCAUCCGGUCCAUCGUCCGCGCGGGCCAAGCGAUGCCGGGGCCGCCUCUAGGACCUAUCUUGGGUCAGCAAGGCCUGGCCAUCAGCCAGUUCUGCAAGGAGUUCAACGAGAAGACCAAGGACAUCAAAGAGGGGAUCCCCCUGCCCACCAAGAUCAUCGUGAAGCCCGAUCGCACCUUCGAGCUCAAGAUCAGUCAGCCCACCGUCUCCUACUUCCUGAAGGCGGCCGCCGGCAUAGAAAAGGGGGCCAGGCGCACAGGGCACGAGGUGGCCGGGCUCAUCUCCUUGAAGCACGUGUACGAGAUCGCCCGAGUGAAGGCUCAGGACAAGGCCUUCGCUCUGCAGGACGUCCCCCUGUCCUCCGUGGUCCGUUCCAUCCUCGGGAGCGCCCGCUCGCUGGGCAUCCGCGUGGUGAAGGACCUCAGCGCCGAGCAGCUGGCGGCCUUCCAGGAGGAGCGGACCCGGUUCCUGGCCGCGCAGGCCCUCGCCGACGCCGAAGCCGCCAAGGCGGAGGCGGCCAAGAAGUGAGCCCGGCCUCCCCCGCUCCGCCCGGGCAGCGACUGCCCGCACCCGAGGGGCCAAUGGGCGCCCCGGACCCUGCCCUGUCUGUGUCGUGUCCGUCUCUAAUUUAAAGGGCUGAAGACCCCAAUAAAUAUUAAAUUGUUUGUCACGUU